UCUUUUUUUCCCCGGUCGACGUCGUUGAUCCAGACAAUAUCCUCAUUCGUCGUCGUUGGCCUAGCCUAUCAUUUUAUUGCACGCGUCCAAAACUACACGCCGCGACUUUACGCGUGAGCAAGGCGCAUGAGUUUACCAUGUGCGGGCUUUGACCGUUGCGGUUUUCGUUUCGCUGUGCAUUACAUUGACCCGACCGGUGGUGUCUACCGCCGACGCACAUUGCAGCAAACGUUUCCGGCUUCCGUAGGCACGUUAACUUCGGCACGUGUGCAUGCCGUUGGUGCGUGCAUGCGUUAUAGUACAACGCGACGCACGCGCGACGGAGCCGACCGACCGACCGACCGACGGCGACGUCGACGACGAGGUGACGUCGGGAAGUCGCGUUGGCGGAUUUUCGGAGCUCGAAACGAAUCGCGUCGGACCAAGUGCGUCGUGCGCGAAGCGCAUCUUCACCGAUACCAGAUUCUCUCUCGUCGUGGAUAAAUUUCUUCGCACAACCGACCGAGAAACUGGAACUUGCAUCAUGGAGAACCAAAAUUUUCGGUGUCGCGCCUGACUAAUACUAAUGCUAUAUCCCUCGAAAAACUAUCGGGAACAAUUAAUGCAGAGGGAACAACGCAUACUUUUCUCACGUGCAUUAUUCCACCGGGUGUAAUAAUGGUAAAAUUGGAGACUGCAUCGCGAUUUUUACACAAGUGUAUAUGAGUCACGCAACGUAUAUACGGUGUUGAUACUGACGAACGGAUAUCGUUUAAAGGUUCUGCUGAAAAUCUCAAUCAACAAAGACGCGUUAAUCACGCACGAUUUCACCCACGACCAUGCAUCCGAUCAUAAUAUUACUGUCGACAUUGGUGGCCUUCAUCGCCGCAGAGAGCAUUUUAAUGACAGAGGUCUUUGUCAUUCCCAUCAGACCCGAGAUUUUUGAUUGGAAUACAGAUGGACAUUCCGAUCAAUUUUCGUAUCAACCGUCCUUGCUAAACGCCCCCGAUCUCCCGUCAUGGAUACAUUACACCUACAGUAAGAAGGAUCAUCACGGCUUUUUAUACGGCGUCGCACCCAAAGAUCAAAAGUAUUUUCAGCUGGAGAUCGUGGGGUUGAACAAACAUACCUACGAAACCCGUUACAAAGUGCUUGAUAUGAACGUACUUGAAAGAGAAAAUCUGACAAAGUACGAAGUACACCUAAAAAUCGACAAUCUCAACGUUGAGGAUAUGUUCAAUCAAAAUCGCACUCAAAAGCUCCUCGAUAUAUUCAGGAAAAAGCUAUGGAAAGGCGCUGCGGACUUAUACGUCACUUUUUUGGCGUCUGCGAUCGAGCUCGGAGCUCGUUUACCCCUGAAGCCCAGCGAAGGUGAAGGAGUUGUCGUGAGACUGGGUAGUACCGUACCAUUCUCGCAGGAAUUGAACGAAUUGCAAGAGGAAGUCAAACCGUUAUGGAAAAUGCCGUCAUGCCCCAGAGACUUCAAAAGGACCAGCGUAGAGAUACUCUUCCGAGAGGCUGAGUUCAGAUUGGAUUGGUGUUCCUUCAGAUUACUAGAGGAAGAUCAACAGAGUCUGCAGCAUGAGAGUGCCCGUAGGGGCCCCAGCGCGAAUGUCGUGGAUCUGCCCUCUUCCGGCAUCUCCGAGCACACAGAGUGGCGAUGGGCACGUUCGACGAAAGCUAGCAUACCCACUAGAAGUUAUUUCAAGGAAAUCGCUACCACGAUUUUCGUACCAGUUAUACUGCUUCUCGUGCUGGGCGCCUUACUUAGCACCGCUUUCUGUCUACAUCACGAGAAAAUGACGGAUCUGGAGUCAGAUGAAUAUUUCGAUGAACUCUUUAAUAUUUUCCUUUUGAGAGAACAACCUGUCAGAGAGAAGCGGGAACCUACGCCGGGAGAAGGAGUUGGAAACAACGGAAUACAAAUGGUUCAGUAUGCUAUGCCAGAGAGAGGUACUCUGAAGUCAUUGUCAGCUCAGCCACCAAGUCCGAAUGAUUCCCUAUCGCAAAGUCCAAGAAUCUCCGGUGAACGCUGCAAUCCAUAUAUUCGUCCAAAUCCGCCGCCCUACGCCGGACCAAGCAACUUUGCCGGUCUACGCGCCGAUUUCUGACUACACGAGCAGCCCGCGAAAACCUGGUUCUGCUAAGUGAAAUAUAAUUCGCGGGCGGCUUUCAACUCGACGUUCCGAGAAAGGUAUGAGCCGAGUAUUGCAAACUCAUCGAAACCAGCUCCAAAUUUGCAAGUUGAAUCACAUCAAAUACGCACGUCGCUUAUUAUCGGUAACCAUAAACACGUAUUGCGUCACGCCUUCCGAGCAAUAUAUCAGCGGUUUGUGUUACGAUACAUUAAGUGUUCCCUCUGGGAAGUCGAUUUGCGUUUAAAAAAUUUUUCGGAAUUUACAAUUCCAAUAGAAUAGAAUAGAAUAAUAAAUAGGAUAGAGAGAUGCGUUGCGAUUAUAUAGGACAGCAUUCUUUCGAGCAGCAUUGUGUCCAAUAACUUACAUUGUAACGAUAAAAUAAAUAUUGUUAUGUAAAAUGAAGAAUAACGUAUGAGAUUAUUAUACUUUAUAAUAACUGUAGUGAAGUUCAUAUCUAUGAAAUAAAUGUGUAACACUAUAGAAACAUUGUGCUUUAACAUUUGCUCUCAUAUUGAU